UUAGCAUAGGUAUGUUUUGAGUUAGCUGCAACUGUUCCCAUCUUCAUAUUAGAAGAACGAGUUUACCAAGAUUUUGCUUGUAGCAAUAAAUAAUUAUUUGUAUACUAUACAUGGGAGGCAAGGGCACAGCGUUUAACCUUAGAAUAAAUUACCUGCAUGCUGGAAUAUUUUAGUAAAAGUCCAACAACGGGCGAUAUAAUAAUCAUUUAGAAGGUAGAUCAAUUAUUAGUUAGUUUGUAUACAACCAUGAGUGCGUUGUUAACAUUGAUGGUGCUUUUGGUUUUCGUGUUUUGCGAGAACGAGUGUAAAGGCCUAAAUGAAGAAUACACCUGGACCAGGAUCGAUUAUCAAUGGCCCGACGAUCCUGAACCUUCCAACGUACUGCAGGGAAGGGAGGCGAUGGACACCAGAAAAUUCUUCAGGGGUAGUUCCGCGUCUCCGAGCGGAAAUACACAAAUCGACGAUAACAAUCGAAACGAAAGAGAUUUAGAAUACAUUUUUGAAAACAACAUCCCCAUGGGAGCAAACAAAUGGAAAGACAAGUUGUUUGUGACUGUUCCAAGAAGGAGAUUCGGAGUUCCUUCGACUUUAAACUACGUUUGGACAAACACCACGAGCAAACACAACGUCCCCCUCAUUCCCUAUCCCAGUUGGGACUACAAUCGUCUUAAUAGUACCAAUAGGGAUCGUAUUGUAUCAGUUUAUCGAACAGCAGUUGACACAUGCGACAGGCUCUGGUUUGUAGAUGCAGGAGUUGUCAACAGCCUUGGAUCUCGCGCCCCAAUUCGACCUCCUACGGUAUUCGCAAUAGACCUGAACACCGACACCGUGAUAAGGAGAUAUGAACUGAAAAGUUCCGAUCUAGCCCCAGGGUCCAUUGGUUUGUCGAGCCUGACCAUUGACGUGGACCCAGAAAAUUGCAACGACACCUUCGCCUACAUAGUUGAUCUGGGUGGUUACGGUCUGAUUGUCUACGAUUUCGCGAACGAUUCUUCAUGGAGGGUUACCCACAAUUACUUCGCUAUGGAGCCGUCUGCAGGGGACAUCGAAGUUGCUGGUAUAAAAUUCCAAUGGACCGAUGGUAUCUUCAGUACUGCUCUGGGCAAAAGAGACAAAGAUGGUUUUAGAACGGUUUUCUUCCACUCCAUGGUAGGACGACAUAUGUACGCCGUUUCUUCCAGAAUACUGAGAAAUCGGGAACUGGCCACCAGAACUUACCAUGGAGACGAUUUCAAGGUUCUGGGUGACCGCGGUCCUGGUGCGCAUACCACAAUGACCGCCAUGCAUGAACCUACGGGAGUGUUGUUUAUGGGUCUAAUAAAUCAAAAUGGUUUGGGAUGUUGGAACACGAACAAAGAAUUCCUGUCGAAAAAUUUCGACAUUGUCGAUCGCGACGAAGUGAAAAUGAUCUACCCUUCAGACGUGAAAGUUUCGGGAGACGAUGUGAUCGUCCUCACGAACAACAUGCCCCUCUUCAUCUACAGCAGUCUGGAUUAUAACAACACCAAUUUCAGGGUUUGGACAGGAAGCGUUCAGAAGGCCAUCGAAGGAACGACGUGUUCCUUGUCUAGACUUCCUACUACCCUCGCAUGUAACAAGAAAGGGGGUUGCUCAUCGCCACACGUUACACAUGCAUUAGAAAAUAUAAUGAAACUUUUCAGACUAUGACUAUAAGAUAUUAUGGUACCUUUUUCAUUCCUAUUAAUUCAGAAAUAAAGCACCAAACAUUCUAACUAAGUACCUAAUUACUUGUUAAUCUUGUUCAUGCGUAUUUAAGUAAUAAAAUAACACAUAUUUUUAUUUUGUAC